CCUUAACUCGUAUGUUUUGGUAUCGUCAAGCUUAUUUUUUCAGUAGGGGAGCUGGCUUGUUGAGCUUGUGUCGUUCAUUUCUUGUUAUCUCAUCGAGCCGGUAUAAAAGCCUUUUUUCAACAACGGCAAGUACACAUAUGAGGUGCAAAGUAAUAGACAGAAUAAGUGUUUUAUAUUAAUAACAUCCUUUUAGUCGAUUGAAAUUAGACCAUCACCUACUAGGAGAAAUACCGAAGUCCUAAUUUCAUAUGUGAUUGACGAAGCCGGCGGCAACGUGUGUGAACAGUCGAUUAUUGAUUUGUUGAAAUCAUCUUCCCGUCUGUUAGCGCUGUGCACAUUAUUUUCUGGAUAUUUUAAACUACAUCAAGAUUCAGUUGUGAAAAUGUCAGGUAUGGGAAACAACGGUAGAAGACGCACAAAUCCAUCCAUUGAUGGACAGCAGUCUCUUUUGACUGCCAUUAAUCGGUUCGUCCAAGCGGUCGACCUAAUGGACGACACGGUCAUGAUUCCUUGCCGCCUUCGAGACAUUCCAGUUGAAUCUAUUCCCGUUCCUUGUAUCGAAGAAGAAAACAAUAACAAAGCUGUGAUUCCAGCGAUACCGGUGAGUGGUGAUCUCUAUCAUUUUUAUGCCAUGCUCCACGCCAUCCGUUCAGAAAUAACAGCUGGCCCUCUACCUAAUUUGAAUGAUGAAGAGCAAAAUGACAACACUGACGAUUCAGUAGACGGAGACGACCCUAUUGGUGAAAAUGCUAGGAAAACUGCAGCAGCUUUUAGAUAUCAUCUCAGAGGAUUGUUUGGACUAUUGCACCAGAUGACAGAAACAGCAAAGUUUUUGAGUAGCAGAUAUGAGAGGGAAGUUACAUCAACGCAGAAUGGAAUUUCUUCAGUUUCUUCCUUUAAUAUGUGAUUUCUACCAUAGAUCUUAAUUUCGUCUUUCAUAAACCAUUGUGACAUUUACUAUUUUUCUUCAACGCAUUCAAGCGACGACGAAAGUGACUUAAAUGAAGAGUGUCGUCACACAUCGUCCCCCAUUGGCUUCAACUAUUCAAAAAACAUUGUUGUGUGUUACUUGUGUUUCAAUUCAUUAUUUACAAUUUAGGACUUUAUAACCAUGAAGACAAACUAGGAAGGGCUGUGAGAAAAGCCCUCACUGAACUUACUGACCAUUUCUAAAUACUUAAGCAUUUCAUUAUCAAUCAUCUGAGACUGGAAUUUGUUAGUGUGAUGACCAUGAAUGAAACUGGAACUACUUUUGACUGGUACCAAGGUUGAUUGUUGUGCUGAGUUUAUGUGGCUGUUGUUGACAAAUAAUAUAACAGACAGUUGCUCAAACAAUGUAAGGCUGAGCAUUUAUUUUCAUUAAAUAUUUUCAUAGUUACAAGAUCUGUAUUUGUGAAGACAGAAUGAAUUCACUCAGCUUCAUCAAUAUCAUUUGCAUUGAACUUUUAAGUGCAAUACAAACUGUUGUAUCAUAAUGUAGUGUAUAAUUGAAGUUGAUUGUUGUAGAAUGCUUCAAAUUAUAAAAUAUUAUUUUUGGUUGAAUAUUUUCUCCACUAGCUAGUUUAAUUAAACAAUAUUAAUUAUGUGAAUAUUGCUGUUAUUUCUUUGUUAUUCAUAAUAAUAUUAAUAAAUUAGUAUAAUUUAACUGUUUCAACAUAAAUUUUAAUGCUAUACAAAUGAUGACAAAACUUUUAAAGUUCUCCUGUAACCAUUUUUAAAAUUAAAUCUUUGAUUUUUCAUAAGUCAUCUUGAGAAUUAUUACAUAAUAAUUAGGAAAUGUUUUUGAUUGUGGCUGAAAAUUCAAGUAAUUCAGCUCUUAAUCAACUUAAUGUCUUGUGAUGGAGUUCCAACUAUUUAAUAUGGAGAGUUUUGACAUUUUUUGGUACUUCAAUUUUAAUUCACCGCAAUAAUUAUUAUUAUUAUUCACACUAACAAUAAAACAAAUGUUCUUUUGAUUAAAAACUUUUAAUUCAACGCAAAAAUUAUUGUACAUUAUACCUACAUUAUUUCACAUUUCCAUUAAAACACUUCACACUUCCAAUAAAACAAAUGUUCUUUUGCAUUAAAACAUAUUUACAUCUUUUAAAGUCUCUCCGCUACUGUGGUGGCCAAAUUUAAACAAUAUCAUCUAGAAUAGUGUUGAAUACAUUCAGUUUGAAAUUCAAACCAUUUGCUUUAACACGUCGACGCAAAAUGAACCCACACAUUUAAGAAUUGAGCAUAUGUCUGUGUGUGCCAUUCUUUCUCUCUUUUGACUAUUUCCACGUAUGUUCGAUGGGUUGAUUAUUGGCAUUCCGUUAACUUUAUGGUUGUUAUCACAUCAUCUGACAGCACGUAUAGUACCAUGUUGUUGUAGAAACAAGAUAUAACUGACUUCUUUGUGAACUAAUGCAGAAAUUGUCAAAGAAUUCAUGGUGUCUACAGAAGCAGUUGUAUUUAUUCAACCGGAUAAAACUGCAUAGACAUAAAAUGAUAAUUUUUUGCGGUGAGUUAAAAUUGAAGUACCCAUGUUUUUUGUUACAUAAUUAAAAGCAUUAAAUUCAAUAUUUUUAGGAGACAGAAGGCAAUCAAUAAAUGCAUGGUUACUAUCUUCCUGGAACUAGACCACUAAAACUGUUAGUGUGUAUAUUUAUGCCCCUAAUUAGUCAGGUAGCCUAGCUUUACAUUAGUUAUUGUAUUAUUUCAUAUAUGAACAUAGAUUAAUUUCAAAUAUACAUGUUUCUCAUCAUAACUGACACAAUCUAAGUCUAUGCUAUACAAAUUAAUGAUGGUCACAUGUUAAACUUAAACUGCUGCAUUUCCCAUUUGGCCAUUUAGGCUUAAUAACUGUCAAUAAAUUUUAGAAAUGAAACAUUGUUUUAAAAAAAUAUUUAAAUUAUUUUAAAGAACAAAACAUUUUUCUAUUUCACAAUAUGAAAUAAAACUUCAUUUAUGUAUCUUAUUUAAAGUUAAAGGGAAAAAAUGUAUUAUUUUAUUUUAAAAAACAACUUUCUAAUAAUGUUAAAAUUAGUUUGAAUGUUAUUAAUUGUAUUUACA